ACCCCAGCUCUCCAUCCUAACCUCAAUCAACCAUGCAAUCAACAAGACCAUUAGCGCGGAAAAAGAAUCUGCUGUUAGCAUUCGAUGCAUUCGGAACGCUGUAUACACCGAAUGCGCGCAUCCCGGAGGCAUACGCCGCUGCCGCCUCACAUCACGGGAUCACCUGCGGCAGCGUGAGGGAUUCUUUCACUGAAGCAUUCGACAAGGAGGCGGAGCAGAAUCCAAAUUAUGGCAAAGCCACGGGGCUGGGAGCCGAGAGGUGGUGGGCGAACGUGAUCACGGGUACCUUCAAGCCCUUCCUCAAGCCCGACCAAGAAGUCCCUCAAGCGCUCGUCUCCGAGCUGCUAACCCGCUACACCACCUCGGAAGGAUAUAACAUGUAUCCGGACGUCAUCCCCUUCUUCCGCAUGCUGAAAAGCCCGUCCAUGCAACGCACCAUCCACCCACCCUGGAAAUGGGAGAAGACGGUCGUUGGCAUCAUCACUAACUCGGACGAUCGCGUAUCUUCCAUAUUGGAGUCGUUUGGCUUGAAAGUCGGACCGCGCCGGGUGGACAGCUCUGCUGAACGCAGCGCAGACGCUACGGUUCAAGACGAUGUUAGUUUCGUGGUGCUGAGCUACGACGUCGGGUACGAGAAGCCCGAUCGCCGGAUCUUCGAAGCCGCGACGCAGAUGCUCAAGGAGACGUUAGCCGAGGAUGGCCAGGGUGCAGAAGAGCAAUCCAUUGACGACUUCGAGAAGCUUUAUGUUGGGGACUCGCUAGAAAAAGACUAUUUUGGCGCCGAGGCAGCGGGAUGGCAUGCAGUGUUCCUGGAUAGGAAGAAGCUGAGGAAGAAAGAUAUGGGAAGGUUGCCGUUUCAGCCACUGACAAAGCUCGGCGUUACCACGAAGGAGGAGGGGAAGGACGUAGUGAAGCAAGUUAGCAUGUGUGCGGAUCUGGGCGCGUUGAGUAGGUGGACGCCACCGACGAAGAAAUAGGAGCGAAGAGAUUAGAAGGAAUCUGCACAUAUGCCCCUUUGACUGUAACUGUAUGUAUCCAUACGGGGGGAUCGCUAAUAUAUGUCUCACGAAGCAUUAAUACUACACGCGCGAGAAUUAUUCAGCACAUAGAUAGAGAAAUGUAUCUGACAUGCUAUAGGUACUGC